AUGACAGUCUCACCGCCAGCAUCACCGACUGGUGCACCCCCACGACCCAUCAGCGCCGUCAUGCGCACGCCGCGCAGUAACAGUCGCCUGAGCAUGAGCAGCAGACAGGGAGGCAGUCGUGCCUCGGACGAGGAUGGCAAGACUGCAGUCAAAGUCGCUGUCCGUGUGCGACCUCCUCUGAAACCAACCGACCCCGGCUACGAGUUAAUUCCCCAGCGAUUCCAACGUUCGAUGGUCCAUGUCACCGCGCCGACUAGUCUCGCUGUCGAUGUUCCCCAGGGACGCAAGUUGUUCGUGUUCGAUCGCGUGUUCCCCGAGUCCAUUGAGCAGGAGGGUGUUUGGGAGUAUGUUAGCGACAGUGUCAACUCUUUCAUUCAGGGCUACAAUGUCUCCAUCAUGGCAUAUGGACAGUCCGGUGCUGGAAAGUCAUUCACAAUGGGUACCUCAGGCCCUGGUGAACAGAAUAACAUGCAGGACAUGGGCAUUAUCCCUCGUGCUGCGCAGGCCUUGUUUGAUAAAUUGGACGGCCCCUCAAAACACAACCGGAAUGGCUCCAACUCGACUACGGGCCUCCGCACACCGCAACGAUAUUCCAUGAGUUCCGCUUCCAACUUUGGAAAACCGGCCCAGGAGAAGACCUGGCAGCUAAAGGCUACAUAUGUGGAGAUCUAUAACGAGCACUUGAGAGAUUUGCUGCUCCCAGAUUCCGCCGCCGCAAAUGACCGCAGCAACGUGACAAUUCGUGAAGAUACCAAGGGCCGCAUUAUUCUGACCGGCCUGCACCAAGUGAACAUCAAUUCAUUCGAUGAUCUGAUCGGUGCUCUCAACUUCGGCUCGACCAUCCGUCAAACAGACUCCACUGCUAUCAACGCCAAAUCCUCUCGGUCGCACGCCGUAUUCAGUCUGAACCUCGUCCAACGCAAGCCUUCCGCCGGCCAAACGACUUCCAGCCCUGCUAGAGAGAAGCGCAUGUCGAUGCCAGUCGACUCUUUCCCAGGUGAUUCGGUCAGCGUCGAUAGCAAGCUGCACUUUGUGGAUUUGGCUGGUAGUGAGCGGCUCAAGAACACAGGUGCCUCUGGCGAACGCGCCAAGGAGGGGAUCUCCAUCAACGCUGGUCUAGCAGCUCUCGGAAAGGUCAUCUCGCAACUUUCCUCGCGCCAGCAGGGUUCUCACGUUUCUUACCGUGACUCCAAGCUCACCCGACUGCUUCAAGAUUCCCUAGGUGGAAAUGCCUAUACAUAUAUGAUUGCCUGCGUGACUCCGGCCGAGUUCCACCUGAGCGAGACCCUGAACACUGUUUCAUACGCCCAGCGCGCCAGAGCAAUUCAGAGCAAGCCCCGCAUUCAACAUAUUGCUGAUGACAGUGACAAGCAGGCUGUCAUCGACCGCCUCAAAGCUGAAGUGGCUUUCCUGCGCCAGCAGAUUCGCAACGCCGAAGCAUCCGACCGACGAGAUGGUACCUCCCCUGAGCGAAGCGCACGCAAGAAUGAACGCGAGAAGCAUCUACAGAACCAGCUGUUAGAUGUUCAGGAGAGCUACAACUCCCUCAGCCAACGACAUGCUAAGCUCAUUUCGACCAUGGCCACUGACUCGCGCGAGACCCAUGAAACUGACGAUACUGCCUCAGAAAUUGGCAAGAGCUCAGUCGAAAGAAUGCAACGCUCGAAAUCAUUUGCUGAGUCUGUAGAGCAGAUGGUCUUAGAGUACGAGAAGACCAUCCAAAGCUUGGAAUCUUCCCUGUCCGAUACUCGUACUUCUUUGUCCACCACUGAAAGCGAUCUUCUCGAGCGUGAAACUAAGUGUGCCUACGUCGAGGCCGUCCGCGAGCAGCUCCAGUCCCGUGUCCAAAAGCUGUUGGAUCGCGAGUCUAGCACCGAGACCUAUCUCCAUGAGCUAGAAUCCAAGCUUGAUGGGCAGUCCACGGGUGAGGAGCAGCACGCUGCCAUUGUGGCCGAGCUUCGCAAGGAACUCAGCCGGGCUCGCGAUAGCGAAGCUAGCUGUGAGGAGUACAUUUCCACACUCGAGGAGCGCCUUGCAGAAGGUGAUCAGGAUAUGGAGCUGAUGCAGCGCGAGGUGUUGCGAUUGGAGCAUGUCAUUGAACGCCAGCGCGGCAUUGGAAAGUUGGAUCACCUCCUCCAUGAACUAGAUCACUACCACGAGGCCGAGGGCCGUGCUGGCCCCAACGGUAUUGAUGACCCACAGAUGUCUCACUCAUCUCGCGGUGCAUCUGCUUCUCACAGACAUACGCCAUCAUUAGAUGUGCUUGGCGAAGCAACUGAGACCGCUAUUCCUGAAUCGGAUGAAGAUCUCAUCGAGCCCAUUCAGGAAGCAUCGGACGAAUCUGCCGAACAGUCUGAUCAGGGCACUGGUGUUUCUGGUGAGGAUUUGAAGGUCUUGGAGAAUGUCACCAGUAAGAUGGAGGCACGUCGCUCCGUGGCUCUUCUUCAAGAACCCAUCUCAAGCCCUGCCCAAUCCAAGUUCGUUGCCGACAAGCUUGAAACAGUCACCCAGGAGCUGUUCGACCUCCGUCUCCAGCACGAGAACACCAUGGGUGACUACGAAGUGCUUGAGUCCAAGUACGAGCAGGUCCUCAAGGUCCUUGCUGAACUCCGCCAGGACAAGCUCGACGAAGCUCACCACCCGGCAUCCAACCUUCAAACCGAAAUUCCCUCUCGUCCCGUGUCUUUUUUAGGAAACGGAGGCACUCCCGCAUCGAAGUCUGGAGCACAACACUCAUUCUCGCAGUCACUCUCCUCGGAAUUAUCCUCGGCCGGGGAGCCAUCCACUUUGCGCGAAUCCUCUGAAUGUGGAUCCAAGCAAAUUUCUUCCACACCUUCAACCCCUGUAGUGCCACCCGUGGACUCUGAGGAGUCCGAGAGCAUGCGCAAGAUGCUGGCCGAACACCAGGAAAGCGCCGAGUUGAUGGCUCAGAAGUAUACCGAGUUGCAGACCGAGCACGAAGAGAUUCUUGGCCUGGUUGAAAAGCUGAAGGCAGAGGCUCAACGCACCAAGUCAUCCUCGCCCCCUUCGACUCCCGGUUUCAAGAUGAUCCGACGCAUGACCAGCCAGAACCUCCUGUCCGGCGUCGACCGUGCCACCCGCGCGCUUACGGGACUGCGCCUGAUUGCAACCGAGGAAUUCGCCGAGAAGCCAGACGCAAUGCACAACUUCGAUUACCAUUUGGAUGCGACCAUGCAUGAAUUGCAGAGCCGCAUGGAGCGCCUCCAGUCCCUUGAAGCUGAGAACCAGAGUGUGAAGAAGGAGAUGGAAAUGAAGAUGACUAUUAUUUCUGGUCUUACCAGAGAGCGAUCUAGUUUGCAGGGAACCUCGCCUGUCGAUAUGGCUCUGGUCUCCCAAUUGCGUGACCAGGUCGUUUCUCAAGAGAUGCAAAUCAACCAGCUCCGUGAUGCUCAUGAGACCCGUGAGAAGCAGCUGCUUGGUGAGAUUGAGACCUUGAACGGUCUUCUCAAGUCUCAAGAGAGCGCUACUCGUGCUAUGGAUGCUGGUGCUGAUGAGCAGGAUAAGAAGAUUGGUGUUCUCGAGGGCGAGCUUUCCCAGUGGAAGGGUAAGCACCAGAGUGCCUUGGAGUCUUUGCAGUCUUCAGAGACGCAGCUUACUGGCACCCUUGCCGAGCUUGAGGCUGCUUUGGCUUCUGUUGAGGCGAUGCGUGCCGAGCGCGCUGAGGGCGGUGAAUCCGCUGACAAGGAGGUCACUGCUCAGGAGCUUGAGGGUGACCGCGCCCAACAGCAAGACCUUGUUGAUGGCCUCAAGAAGGACAUUGAGGAGCACAGGUCCACUAUCGCUACUCAGCUUGCCACAAUUGCGGGUCUGGAGAAGUCACACUCCGAUGCGCGGGAGAAGCUUGCUGCUCAGAUCACCACCGGUGAGGAGGUUAAUGCCGGGACUGUCGACUUGGGUCUUACCACUCGGAUGUCCGAGCUUGAAAAAGAGAUUGCCUCUCACAAGUCUGCAGUUGAUUCUCACCACAGCGAACUCGAGACUCUCCGCGAUUCUCACAAGCGUGAAUUGGCAGAGCUUGAGGAGCGGACUAAGGCUGCUCUCCAAGCUGAGCACGAUGCACGCCUUGUUGAGAAGGAUGCCGAGCAUGACAAGUCUAUGGCUGCGCUGCAGAAUGAAAUUGCGGACUCUCGUGAUGAAUUGGUCAAGCUGCUCAAGGCUGUUUCCACUCUUCUCAACUCUGACGUUUCCGCUGAGUCGUUGACGGAUCAAAUCCAAGAUGUCUUGUCCCAGAAGCAGCACUUCUCUGACAAGUAUGCCGAGCUAAUGGGCACAAAUGACGACCUCCGCAAGCAGCUGGAGGCUCACGGUGAAUCCGACAGCCGUCUGGAUGAAAUGACGAAGAAGAACACCGCCCAGGACGCCAAGGUCAAUGAGCUGGCUCUCUUGGUCGCGACUUUAGAGGAUACUCUUCGUCAGAAAGACGAGCAGGUCAAGAAGAAGGAAGCCCUGGUUGAGGAGAUCACUAUUGAGAAGCAGAAGAGUGUGCGCCUUGUUGAGGAGCUGGAGGAGCAGAUUACCAACAGCUUCGACCAGCACCACAACCGUCUUUCUGUCAUUCAACAGGAGCGUGACCAGGCCCUGGAGGAUGCCAAGGCCAAGAUCGUUAUCUACGAGGGAGACAUUGAGACUUAUCAGGUCCGGAUUGAGCAACUGGAGCUCCAGAUCAAGAACACCGGAAACACCGAGAGUUCCCACGACCGCAGCAGUUCCCUCACAUCUAAUCUCCGCAAGAGCUCCUCCGCCGCCUCUCUUCCCUCGCCUCCGCCGGCUAUUCCUCUUCCUCCUCUCCCCACCAUCGCCCAGACAAAUGGCUCAUCCAGUGUUUCCCCUCCUAGCUCGCGACACGCUAGCAAGGAGCUGGUGAACGCCCAGAUGGUCGAGGACCAAGAAGCCCGGAUCCGAACCAUUGAGAAGCACCUGUACGCCGAAAAGCAGCUGACCGCCACCCUGGAAGAAGCUCUCGGCGACCUCGAAGCCCAGAGCAGCAAAGUCAAGAGCGACUGCGAAGCCUGGAAGAAGAAGGCCUGGGGCUUCGAAGACGAGCUCACCUCCCUCCGCAAGGAACGCAGCUCCGCUCGCUUGUCCCUCCAGGCCGUCGAGGAGGAGCGCAGUGCCCGUCGUGAAGCCGAGGCCGCCCGCGCUCAACUCGAAGAGCGCAUGGCUGCCCUCAACAAGAAAAAGAAAAAGAGCACCCUCAACUGCUUCUAG